AUGACAGCUCUUACCCCCGACCUUCAUUUUAUCGGCCUUCACACCCGCUAUUCCAGUUGGACGGCGCGGGUAGAGUCUGUUCUGGAAUACUUCCAAAUUCCGCACACUUGCCAAUUCGUAAAGCUUACCGAUGUGAAGACGGUGUCACCAACAGGUCUAGUUCCAGUCCUGGAAUCUCGGUCUCUGAACACUACAAUCUGUGACUCGCUCGCAAUCUGCGAAUUCCUCGCUGAAUCCAACCCAGAACUACCUCUCUGGCCUCGUGAUCGUCAGCUUCGAGCUCUAGCUCGCUCCACGGCUGCACAGAUGCACUCCGGAUUCUCAGCGAUCCGGAAUGCAUUUCCCACGAACUUCAUCGCCAAGUACACGGGGAAUAUCCCAAUCCCCGCUGACGCAGCGAAAGAGAUCGAGCGUAUGCUGUCGCUCUGGGAUGUCGCUCGCAAAGGCACUAAGGAGCGUCUUGCAGCCCUAGGAGAGAAGGAUGAUGGUUUUCUGUAUGGAACAUUCUCCAUCGCCGAUGCGUUUUUCUGGCCUGUUCUUUGGCGAUUCCGUACCUAUGGCUUGCCUCUGGAUACUGCAAGCCCGGAUGCUCUGGCUUGGAUGGCGACGAUGUGGAAUGAUCCUGUGUUUAAGGCAUUGGGGGCUAAGUAUUAUCAGCAGGCGGAGGACCCGGAGACUUUGAUUGCGCAUUAUGAUGAUAUCUACCGGGGUAGAGAUGAUGUGCAGUAUAGCAUGUUUCCACAGGAUUGGGAAUUUCGCGGGAAGGAGUAA